GCACUGAUAGGCAGCACUGAUGGGCACUGAUAGGCGACACUGAUGGGCACUGAUAGGUGGCACUAAUGAGCUGGCACUGAUACAGGGGCGGACUGACAAUUCAUGGGGCCCCGGGCAAUAGAGGAUCAUGGGGCCCCUGUGUCCUUGCCCAAACUCAAAAAAGCCUAUGAAAAAGGUACUAGGGGCAUCUCAUGGGGCCCCCUACUGACCCCGGGCCCUCGGGCAGUGCCCGAGUUUCCAAAUGGUCAGUCCGCCCCUGGUCAGAACCAAGCUAAUGAG